ACCGUCGCUGGGCUGUGAAACGCCGCUGUGAACUGCAUGAGAGCUAGUGGAGGAGGGAGCCUCUGCUGCGUCACCGCCGUGCUUCCAUCAGCGCCGAACCGCCAUGCCAUCGCUGCUGCUGGGUUGACACCGCCCCUGUUGCCCAAGCCGUCAUCAUCGCAGAACACACACAUAAAAGAGGAAGAAAGGAUCUCCACCGCUGCCAGGGUCGUUGGUGAGUCUUGUGCCGCCAUCAGGGUCACUGUUCUGCCACCAUUGAAGCUCGUCGGAGAAGGAGCUAUUGUCAGAAGAAGCUACUGCUGCUCUUGCUCUAUAUUGUUCUUUUCUGCCCCUGCUUCUGGUUUCACAAUUGCCAGAGUCUCUGCCGCCAUGGGUAUUGCCGUUGGAGUUGUUGGGAACCAACGAUGGAGCUACCCGAAAAUCCUAUUGUUGCUGCUUUAUUAUUUCAUUUUGCUGUUGCUACUACUAGAGUUGUGGGUGAUGCCGCUGCCAUUCCGGUUGUGUUGGAAUGACUACUGUUGCCACGAAUUGGGGAUAGAGAAAAUUGUUACGUUAAAUAAUACGAUUGCGACAUCGAGGUAGGGGCGCUUUCCUUAAACUCAUUUUAAUUUAUGAGAAUUGUUAUAAAUCGAUAUUAAUGCGAAAUGUAUAUUUUUGUGAUUUCGUAAGUCUUAUGGAAAGGUUUGAAUUUUUUUGGUCGAUUGUAGUUAUUUGUGUGGUUGAUUGAUUGAUUGUUUGAGAAGAUUGAA